AUGCUUUUAGGUGGAGAUUUUGUGUCUGUGUUUGCACUAAUGCUGCUGCUUUUAUUUUCUACUUCUGAAACUCGCCCUCUUAAUCCAAGUUUGGGGAAGAAGAGCAACUUAACCAGUUCCGGCCAAGCAUUGGGUGGAAGUGCCAGGGAAUUACUCAACGUUUGGUUGCAAAAACAAGACGCAAACCAAACUCGUUACAAACCCAAACGAAUUAGCCCGGGAGGUCCCGAUCCACAACAUCACUCCAAAGUUGACGACUAUACAACCUCAGUGAGAGAGCUCGAGGGCUCUAAUUAG